GGAAGAGCUGGCCAUGCGACUUGAUCUAACAGAAGCUCGAGUCCAGGUCUGGUUUCAGAACCGACGGGCCAAGUGGCGAAAAAGGGAGAAAGCUGGAGCUCAGACUCACCCUCCAGGUUUGCCUUUUCCUGGUCCUCUCUCAGCGACCCACCCCCUCAGUCCAUACCUGGAUGCCAGCCCUUUCCCUCCUCAUCAUCCAGCUCUAGACUCAGCCUGGACUGCUGCUGCAGCUGCAGCUGCUGCUGCCUUUCCCAGUCUACCUCCUCCCCCUGGUUCUGCAACUUUGCCACCAAGUGGGACUCCGCUAGGCCUCAGCACUUUCCUGGGUGCAGCAGUAUUCCGGCAUCCGGCCUUCAUCAGCCCUGCAUUUGGAAGGCUGUUUUCCACGAUGGCUCCUCUGACUAGUGCUUCCACCGCUGCGGCCCUCCUGAGACAGCCCACUCCCGCGGUGGAUAGCGGGGUGCAGUCAAGUGCACUCUCAGACCCCGCCACAGCUGCAGCAGACAGACGGGCUUCGAGCAUAGCAGCUCUGAGGCUGAAAGCAAAAGAACACGCCGCCCAACUGACACAGCUCAAUAUCCUCCCUGGGAACAGCACAGGGAAAGAGGUGUGUUAAAACCCGACCCAGCACCACCACCGGUAAUCAAAUCAAAGGUCACCUCAAAUAGCACCA